GGCUGGACCGGGACAGGAGAGCGAACGGACGGCUCUUCUGCGGGAAGUAAACGCGCAUCCAGGGCUUUAUUUCCCAUUUUCUACCUCCCGUGUCACCCUUUACUUUCUCGUUUUUCCCUCCUGCUGACAUGAGGAGGUAAUCAACAGAGGAACAGCUGCGCACAAAGUUUUUAAGUAGUCGGAAAGAGUUUGGACAGGAGGAGAGGAAGAUGUUGGGGUUAGAGGUCUUCGCGCUCUGUCUUCUUUUCGGAGCUCUGACUCACGGCCAGCCGUCAGAGUGCACCAUGUCUCUAGAGAAGAAUGAUUGUCCCAUAGACGUGUAUUUCACCAUCGACACAUCUGAGACCAUCGCCCUGCAGGAGCCGCCCCCUGGUGCGCUGGUGGACAGCAUCAAGUCAUUCACCGAGCAGUUCGCGCAGCGUUUGAAGGAUGAGGAAUUCAGAGGUGUUGUGCGGAUCAACUGGAACAUCGGUGGACUGCACUUCUCCCAGAGACAGGAAGUGAUCAGCCGCAUUGGACCCGUAAACGAUUUUAUCACAGCCGUCAGGAGAAUCCGUUACCUGGGUAAGGGUACCUACACCGAUUGCGCCAUCACCAACAUGACCCAGGAAAUACUGCGCUCACCCUCAAGCCGCAACGCUCGCCGAUUCGCCGUGAUCAUCACUGACGGCCACGUGACUGGAAACCCGUGCGGGGGCAUCAAAGUGGCAGCAGAGAAGGCUCGCGACGAGGGCAUCCGGAUGUUUGUCGUGGCGGCAGCAUCAAAGAACAUUGAAGAAACAGCACUGAGGGAGAUCGCCAACUCUCCGGCGACGGUCUACAGGAGGGAUUUCAUGGCUGUGGAUCUGAGCUCGGGCAGAGCCACGAUACACACGCCCACCAUCGACCGCAUCAUCAAGACGAUGAAACAUUUGGCGUACGUAGAGUGUUACAAAGUGUCCUGUCGGGAGACACCAGGGCCCUCUGGUCCAAAAGGCCACAGAGGACAAAAGGGCGCUAAAGGAGACAACGGAGACCCAGGUCCAAAAGGACAAAGAGGUCGCCCAGGAGACCCCGGUAUCGAGGGUCCCAUCGGUCAGCCCGGUUCCAAAGGAGAACCAGGUUUGAGAGGCGAUAAGGGAGAGAUCGGAACCAUGGGGAAAAAGGGCGUGGCGGGUCUUUUUGGACGUAAUGGGACAGACGGACAGAAGGGUAAAAUCGGACGGAUCGGCGCCCCCGGCUGCAAAGGAGACCCAGGCGACAGAGGUGCUGACGGUCACCCCGGAGAUGUCGGUGAACGUGGUCCCCCUGGAACUGACGGAGAAAAGGGUGAUCCCGGUCGCCCUGGAAGACCUGGACUCUCUGGCCCACCUGGAGAGCCUGGACCGAAGGGAGAGAGGGGAAGUCCUGGAUCACCUGGUGACCCUGGACUGAAAGGAAACCCAGGAGUGCCUGGAAAGCCAGGACCUAGGGGAGGGGAUGGGAGAAGAGGAGAUUACGGGCCAAAAGGUGCUCAAGGGCCGGAUGGACUUAAGGGAGACAAGGGUGAAAUGGGACCUGAGGGCACAAGAGGACUCGCAGGUGAAAUCGGACAGCCAGGAGCGAAGGGAGACAACGGGCUGCCGGGCCCCAGAGGACCACCGGGGGCCCCAGGAGAGGCUGGAAAAAAUGGCACCAGAGGUGACCCCGGUGAUGCCGGACCAAGAGGAGAACCUGGACCACCUGGACCAAAGGGAGACCCUGGAAGACCUGGUUUCAGUUAUCCUGGACCAAGAGGACCAUCGGGUGAGAGAGGAGACCCAGGCAACCCUGGACCUCGUGGCAGCAGAGGAGACUGCGGUCAGAAGGGCGAACCAGGAGAUAAAGGAACUCCAGGAGAAGCAGGUGAUCCAGGAUCUCAGGGUGAACCCGGUCUACGAGGACCAAGAGGAGAUCUUGGGCGUGAUGGAGAUCCUGGACCCGAGGGAGACCCCGGCCUCACUACUCAGCUGACCCAAACGACCCCCUUCAUCUCCCUCUCUGCACCGAUAGCCUCUCGUGUAGCGGAUGUGCACUUGGAUGUAAAACCCUCUUCCCGACAUCGCCUCCCGUGUCCCGGCCUGGAUAAGACAUUAGCGGCGGUGUUGCUGUUUAACGCAUUGGCAGCUCUGCAGGCCACAUCACAGAAUUCAAGCGAACUGGACACUCUGAUACACACAGCAGCCAAAACAGAGCCGGCCGAGCUCAGUUCGAGUUUGUUAGGUCUGUAA